AUGACCAUUGUUCGUGCCGACCAACCCAUGGGGCUUAAGCAGCUCUUUGAUGAAACAGGUUCUUCUACCUACACCUAUCUUCUAUGGGAUACUGAAACUAAGGAUUGUGUCUUGGUGGAUCCUGUCGAUGUCAAAGUGGACCGAGAUCUUAAGGAAGUGGAGGAAUUGGGAUUGAAUUUGAUCUAUGGGAUCAACACUCACGCUCACGCCGACCACAUUACUGGAACUCACUUGUUGAAACAACAAGUCCCAACCAUGAAAUCUAUUAUUAGUGCCGCGUCUCAAGCAAAGGCUGAUUUGACAGUGGCCAAUGGGGACCGAAUUGUCUUUGGAAAUCGUUCCUUGGUCGUCAAGUCGACCCCCGGUCACACGGAAGGAUGCGUCAGUUUUGUCGCUGACGACGAGUCCUUUGUCUUGACAGGGGAUGCCUUGUUGAUUCAAGGAUGUGGACGCACGGAUUUUCAAGGAGGAUCCGCCGAGCAUUUGUAUCAAAGUGUCCACUCCCAACUCUUUAGCCUGCCAAAGUCGACCAUUGUCUAUCCGGCCCAUGACUACAAGUCACGGACUCAAUCCAGUAUUGGUGCCGAACUCGAAUCGAAUCCUCGUCUUGGGGGAGGAAAGACUCAAGAUGACUUUGUGGAAAUCAUGGCCGGUUUGGAUUUGGCAUAUCCCAAAAAGAUUGAUGUGGCUGUCCCUGCCAACAUGCGGUGUGGAGUUCCAGAUGUCGAAUAA